AUGGCAUCUGUCGCCACCGCCGCCCUCAAUUCGCCACCCACGUCUCCAAAUCCGACUCGCAUUCCCAAGCCAAAAGGAAACAGACUCGUCAAAUCUCCUGAACAAGGAAAACGCGGAAAGAGCCCAGCUAGAGGGAAAAGCCCAGAAAGGAGAGUCAGCCUCCAGUCAUCGCCCAGUCCAGUCGCAGGAAGCUUUCGAGAACCAGUUGUACGACGUUCGAGUCUGAAUGGGGGCAUUCCAGCCACACCGCCAGGUCUCGAAACGUGGAGUGCUGGUCAAACACGAUCAGCUAUCCCUCGACCGCCUGGUAUUCUUCGACAAAACACCGAUCCUUAUAGUAUCUCUGGUUCCAGCCCGCAAAGCUCACCUCGCGCAUCCUCAACAUUUGCUUCCAGUGCAAGCUGGGUCCCCGGCGUAACAUAUGUGCCAGCCUCACAGGUGGCAAACUUGUCCACAAUCACGCCGACGCGGGAAGAGUUUUCUUCAUCGGUCUCCGACUCGCAUAUUCCUCUUAUCAAUGGACUUAUCCCGCCAGAAGGAUUAUUUGGCCCACUCCAGCAGCGCGAAAGUAUUUUACGGGCGAGGGAGGCGGAACGAGCCGUGUCCAUGGGAUUAGACACGUCAAACCCGUCGUCUGCCGGUGAUCUCAAUGCCUCUUGGAAGCAACCGGUCUCCUACAUCCACCUCACUCUGCUGGUGUGGAGAGAGCCAUCAACUCUUCUGCAAGUGCUUCUUCAUGGAGUCCCUCCGCUCAACGAGAGUGUUUCGAACCACAGCUUGGCGCUUGGGACGGCUACUGAGUCAACCUAUGCAGGCAGUGGACAUUUCCGUGCGGGUAGCGAAGCACUCCAGUCUCGUUCGACUCAUUCGCUGAGCCAGCAGGCCGAUACCUCGAUUUCGGAAUCAUUGCCGUCUCAAGGUCAUGUCAGCUCGACAGACCUUGCUGCAGCCCGGUCAAAAGAGCCACCACCACGUCCAAGAAAGUCGUCGUUUAGGAGCACCUUGCCCUCGCUCAAGGGAUUCAAGAACCCAUUUUCGUUUUCGCGCUCGACCUCUGGAUCCACUUCAAAGGACGAGGAAAAGAGUCAGCGGUCCAAGUCGCGGGAACGAGAACCAUCGAUGGCUACUUCUGCCUCGGUUUCCACAGACGAGCUCACCGAAACACCCACAUCGUCUCUUCAACGUAGCGCCACUACACCCAGCAGGCCCAUGAACACCACUCGCGCGUCCGUCGACACGAUCAUGCCGAACGUUCCGGCCUACCAGGUCUAUUCAAAUAUUCACUCCCAGGGCCCGUCGUCGGCUAUUCUGCAACAAACGCCCGGCAGCGCGUCCCGGUUUGGGUACAACCCACGAGUCGCUCGGCACUCUAUUGAUACGCCUUCGAGCUACACUAGGCUGGGACAGGUGUUCGGAACCCCGAUGAGCGGUAGUCGAGAAGCGAUUCAGUCUGGGUAUGCAAACGGCAGUCGCGAACACGUUGUAGCGGAGGGUGAACUGGCGCCACCAUACUAUCCGACCCAUGGGCGUGCCAGUCCGUCUCUUCCAUCUGCCGUCGCGAUGGGUCGGCAUAGUCCCUCUGUCAAUCACGCAGGGUAUCUUACUGGUGUCACUGGGCUCAUGCGACCUCCGGGUCUCGACCCUCACAUCGAAGUGGACGAACGAAGUUUGCGCACGGCCAGUGUCCGAACCGAAAGUGGCUACGGAUUUGGAGGUAUACGAGUCGGCAGUGAUGGUAUCAUCCUCAGCCCAAUUGAGGAUACCAGUCCCGAUCAUACCAUUGAGGAGGAGAGUGAGGACCGAAGCGUCCUCGACGAAAACCUCUUCGAAGGAGAAUACGAGAGUACGAUUGGUCAUGAAUCGAAUCACACUGCGUCUCACCACGCCACUGUAACUCAUCACAACGUCGAUCAGUCACACCUAGUCGGAGACGCAGAUGUUUCGCUUCAACGACACAAUUCGGAGAGAGCGUACUCGGAGCGUGCCGCAAUGAGCGACGAAAAUGUCCAUCAACAGGGAGUGGAGGCCCCACCCUUGCCAACCAGUCCAGCCAGGUCUCCUCCACAAAAGUCUACAGAGACAAAGCCCUCGACUCUCACAGUCCCUCAACGCACUCUCGAUGCAAGCGGCCAGUCGUCUCCGCUGUCUGCGGUCACCUCCGACGCAGAGAUAUCAAACAUUGAGCGUGGUCUGUUGGGCGACCUGGCUCGCCAGCUACAAAAACUCGUAGAGCAGCAAAGUACGAUGAAUCUCGUACGCACUCACAGCACGGCGUCAUUCCCGGCCAACGCUUCGGUUACGCCGGGUAGCGUUUUGCGUUUGGAAAGUGGUGUCAACACUCCAUCAAAAGGAGGAUACGGUCCUGCCGACGAGUGGGGACGGUGGAAUCUCAGUGAUCUCAAGGGAGCUGUGGACAGGAUGAAAGAAUUGAUCGAGGAGCAGGAACGGAGGACGCCUGCACAAAGUCAAAAUGGCUCAAUGCUAUCGAAAGCUAGCCCCGCUGCCGAGCCUCCAACGGGUAACGGGGAUGCAAACCGAAGUUCCGAUGUUUUCACGGCGACACCCCAGCAAUAUACAACUAGACUAGAAGAGUCUGAUGCUCCGACUUCGACAAAAGGAAGCAAUCGCAUCUCUACAGACGAUGGACAGACAUUCCCGUUCCCGUCGCUCGUUGUCGACCCUCCAGUAUCGGGAGAAUCUGUCGUACAGGCAACGAAGGAGAGAACACGCCCUAGCUUGGAUCUGGAGAACCUCGACCCUGAUCUACUUGCGAUGCUCAGUCCCAAUCACCUCACACCUUCUGCGGCCAACCCACCUAAUGCGACACAACUUAGUGAUACCACUAGUGUGCCUAUGGGUCCAGAUGUUACGAUUGCUACUGUCGCCUCUGACGGAUUUGGAUCGAUGCGCAGCGACCGUUCUGUUGAAGAAAUCCUGCUUCACCCACGUUUGGACAAUGGAAGCAAGGUCAAGUCGAAGGAGGACCCGUUGGGUGAAAUGGAUUUGGAACCAGUUGCAACCUCGUCUCCUCCAAAACGGGCGCUGCAAGCUUCUUCCAUUCCUACUCCCAGCGCGGCGAAGCUGCGCCAACAGGAUGUCCCUAUUCAACAGAGACUCCGUGCGCUGACCGAGUCUGCAAGUACAAAGCUUGAAUCCACCGAUUCACCAUUUGGUGUUUCCCCAGUUUCUAACUCACCUCAUUCCCGAGCUCCCAAAGAACGGGGAGCGCUCCCUCAGUUCGACGCAGAAAAGGAGCGGAGUGAUGGAGAUAGUAGCAGCAAGACGUCUCUCCGUAAACUCUUCUCUGGGCGUGCUGCCGGAGCCAAGACAUCGGACACGGAAUCUCCACGCUCCUCAAGAAGUGCUCCACUGGCACAGCUUGGACACGCCCGGCGACCGUCAUCACGCCUAUCCAGUGUAUACGAAGGCUCGCGGAUGGCACGACUACAACGCUCUGUCACUGUUGGGAACGAGGGUGGCCGUGGACCUAGUUUUGACGAUCCUGGAUAUCGAACAACCUCGAUGCAUCGCAUCUCGGAGGGCAGGCCGUCGUUCGAGUCAAGCGCUCGACCAGACUCGCGCACGAGCCUUGAGCUUCAACUUGGCCCACGGACUGCUCGAGCUUUCGCGGCGGCUGGAGUACUCCAUGAAGAUGGAGCUGGGGUGCACCGGCAAGCAGCAUGGAGAAGUGCGAGCGUCCUCGGAUAUCGACGUGAUGGCAUGGAGCGAGAUUUUGGUGGGUUCAGCGGCACACGCUCGCUUGCAUCGUCACCUAUACCCCCCACCGUUGGGAUGCCAUACGGCGCUUCAAGUCGAAGGCUAAACCAUCUACUCGGUGAUCAUCGCGAUUGGGAAGAAAGGAGCGGACGAAGCACCGACUCGUGGAAACAGUUUUCUGGUGGCCGUCCCUAUGACUCUGCCCUAAAGAGACUGGAUACGCAAGGGUUCAAGUCUGACCCAUCGUCUGCUCCUUCUCCGACAUCGACUACCCCCGGACGCACAAAUGGCUCGUCUAGCUCGCUGCUUCAGGGCUCGGAACCCAAGUCCAACCGAUCCCCCGUGGAUGCAAACCAAGCGGCACAUCAAGCCACCCUUCAACAGCUCAAAGACCGCCAUGAGCUCGAGAAAGAGGCUCUCCUAUUUGCACUGGCCGAGUCCAAGAAGGAAGCAAAGGUGACAAAGCAGAGCAACGACGAGUUGAAGGUGGAACUCAUCGAGACCAACCGAUAUGUCGAAGAACUGGAGGAAAAGCUCGGCGAAGCAAUGGCCCGAUUGAGAUGGAUGGAAAAAGAGAUUUCGAUUCUCAAAUCCGCAGUCGGCGUACGAAAUUCUACACCCCAAAGGCGCUCGCAGAAAGACUCGGAUGGUUUGGAUGACAUUUCAUAUCCGACAAUCGUCGAUGAUUAUGGUGGAGGUCGACCGUCAUUCGAUUUCCAUCCCGGUCGUGCCUCUGCGGAAACACCACCCAAUCGCUCCAAAAUCUACAUCACCCAUCAAGAAGCAACGCCAAUUGAAGAUGAAUCAUCUCACGUAUCGCAGCUUCAACGGAAUGGGUCGCUAAACAGCCGACAUCACCGUGGAUCUAGCGUGGCCUCGUCGGUCGCGGUACCCAAAACCAAUCAAUCGAUGACGAUGCUGUUACAGGAGACCGGGUACGGGGAUGGUCUGGAUGGCAUGUCGCUGUACGACGCUCACGAUGGAUCGCCUCCACCGUCGCCCACGCUCGUUCUUGGCAAAGUGGCUGCCCGAAAUGCAGGACGUGACAUCGCAUCUGUUCAAGAUAGUAGCCAACUGUUAUCUGUCAACUCUCGCAAUUCGGGGCCACAGACUCCGUCUCGAAAUCGACGCCAGGGCCGCUCUUCCAUGCCCAUGGAGAUGUCGCCAACGACGACGACGGCGGACUACUCGAUCGCACCUGGAUCGCCUGGUAGUCUCGUACUCCGUCCAGAAGAUGAGCACCAUUUGGGUGACCUUCUCAGCUUCACCAGUAACGACGACCAUCUAUAG